AUGCAGAAUUACAGAAUGGUUCGAAUAAGAUAUUGUUUCCCUCUACAGCCAGCCCGGAGGUCUUCGCGUUUGGCAGAUAAGCCAGACUCAGCCAACCCAGCCGCUAAAGUAGCCAAGAAGGCUGCACCAAAAAAGGUAGCCAAGGGAAAGAAGGCUGCCGCCCCCGCUGAGAACGGAGACGCCAAGACCGAGGCACCAAAGGUGGAGGCAGCAGGAGACGCCAAAUAGGCCCAAGGUUGAAGUUUUCCUCCAUGUGUGUACUUGGUGACUGUACAGAUUCAAGUAUUUUUUACCAAGUUUUAUAUUAAAAAUGUUUUAUGGGUUGUCUUUAGGGCACUUGAUGUUGAGGGGGUGGGGGGCGGGGGGUUUUCAUGUUCAUAUCCAAUUUAUUUUUUAUUUUUGAAUGUCAUUUUUAAAGGAUGCCGUCCAUUACCUGUAAAAGUAACGUUAUACGAACUUGUCUAAUCUUGUUUUUUUAACUGCUGAUUAAUACAGAUAUUUUCCUACAUUGUGGAUUUUUGAAUCUUUUAAUUUCAAUCCCAAACGUUAUCUCAAGGCAGCUAAAGCGAGUUACUAAAGUAUCGGCGGGAGGGGCACGGAAGUGGUGGCGUUCUCCCAUCGACUAAAGAACCAGGACUAGCAUAGCGAUCGUCUAGCGUACACUGUAUGUUGGCUCGCCCACACCGGGGUAAACGCCGGUCCGUAAGGAAGACGUCGUAUUUGGCCAACAGUUUUUAAAACAACCUCCAGCACCGUGACCUGAUGUGAAGUUUAUCAUUUGACCGAACGUUGACUGAAGCUUUUUAAAUUAUGUUGUGUAGCUCGUGUGAAAAAAAAACUUUUUAUGACUCAUGGUUCUAAAUGUUCUUGAAUAAAUUGUUCCAAAUUCACUUGAGGUUUUUUUUAAGAGAUGGGUCGUUGUUCGAACCGUGUACAGUAAGGUGUUAGCUGUGAAUGUGAAGUUAAUUCGGGUCCAUCCGGUGGUAUUUGUUCUGUGCUUUCUUUAUGUCUGGUAGCAUCAAUGAGCAACUUAUUUAAUUAUCUCCUAAAUCAACUGAAUCUUACUCAAUAAAACUUAAACCAAUA